UUCGUGAAAGCCCGGUUAGUAUAAGUGGUUAAAAGUAGACACAAAAACAAAAAAAGAAUGUUCCUCAAAAUGGCUGUAAUUGGAGCCUUGUGUUGCGCCAAUGUUCUAGCUAAUUUCACCAGCUACGAAGGCUACAAAAUCUACGAGUUCAAAGCAGAGAAUACAACACAACAGGAGACCCUUGAGAUCUUGUCGCAAAAUGAGGCGUAUGACUUCUUCACGCUUCCACGCAUUUUUGGACUCCCUAUACGUGUUCUGGUAGCUCCAGCGGAUCAGCUGCAAUUCCAGCAAACAUUGGAGGCGGCCAAAAUCGCUUACACAAUCGUUAAUGAGAAUUUCGGCCAGAGCGUUGAAGUAGAGCGGAAGCUAAACAGUAUAUACCCCAAGCAACGGAAUGCGGCACCUGGUAGCAUUUCGUUUAACGUCUAUCAGCGUUAUGACGAGAUCGCAGCCUAUCUGGAAGAGCUAGCCAAGAGGUAUUCAAACCGCGUUAAGGUAACGUCGAUCGGUGACUCAUACGAAGGACGUCAACUGCACGCGAUCACUAUAACAAACGGCGAUGGCGCUGCUAAUAAGAAUGUCAUACUAAUGGAUGCGGGUAUACACGCGCGUGAGUGGAUUGCACCGGCCGCUGCGCUGUAUGUCAUCCAGCAGUUGGUGGAGAAUUACGAGCAAAAUUCAGAUUUAUUAGUCAAUUACGAUUGGAUCAUUGUGCCGCUCGUCAAUCCCGAUGGCUACGAGUACAGUCAUACACGUGACCGUCUAUGGCGUAAAACACGUAAACCUGUGACCAUAUUUUGCGACGGUACGGAUGGUAAUCGUAACUUUGAUUUUCAUUGGGGUGAAGUCGCUACUGGUAGUCAUGCUUGCGCGAGCACUUUUAGGGGCUCCUCUGCCUUCUCAGAGCCCGAAACGCAAGCGUUACGCGAUUUGAUGCACUCGCUGACCGGUCGUGCGAAGUUCUAUCUCUCUCUACAUUCUUUCGGCAACUAUUUACUCUAUCCAUGGGGUUACACUUCUGAGCUGCCUGAAACUUGGCGCGACAUUGAUGAUAUUGCUCGUGCCGGUGCGGCUGCCAUCAAAACUGCUACGGGCACGGAAUACACUGUGGGCAGCUCACCUAAUGUACUCUAUCCCGCUUCGGGUGGCAGUCUUGAUUAUGCUUUGGGCAAAGCAAAAAUACCAGUCUCUAUGGCCAUGGAGUUGCCGUCUGCUGGUCAGCGAUUCGAUCCACCGCUAUCGAAAAUUGAGGAACUAGCUUCUGAAACCUGGAUUGGGAUUAAGGCUAUGGCGGAGAAAAUUAUAGAAAAAUACAAAUUAUGAAGAUAAUUAAUCCAGAAAACCCAGGUUUGAAAUUGUAAGUCGUAUAAAUACAUA